AUGGAUAUUGAUGAUGUUUCUGGAAAAAGUGUGGUACAAGAAGGGGAAGGUGUUGCUGAUGGCAGAGAAGUACAAGGUGAAGAUAGUUCCGCUGCAGUGGGAGUUACACCUAUAGUUCCACAAGAAGUUGCAGCUGCCUUAGCUGUGGCAGAAGCUGCUUGUGAAUUUGAACAUCUAGAUCUCCACCGGUCUAAUGAGGUGAAACGGAGAAAUUUGUGCUUGAGGGAAGACAAAUGUGGGCAAGAACAUUUAGACAUCCGCUUUGUUUUCUGCAUACAUAGAGGAGAAGCUAUACAUUCUAUUGGCCUAUCUGAUGAUCCAGCACUCUUUGAGGGUCCUAAAAGUUGUAGGCAGAGUCGAACUACAGAGGACAAAAAAGGAUGUACAAGAAAAGAUUGGGAAGCAAGAAACACUGUUUUAUAUGAGAAUCCAAACAAGAAUAUCACUACUCUAUCUGAUCAAGUUAUGCCAUUUAGAUGCGGGGUGGAUGAAAACCAUGCUCACAAGUUGCACAUAACGAAACACUUCUCGUAUAUUAAUGGCCACCGACACACUUGGGAUCGUCCAACUUUGAUGUUAAACUACGCCUUGUCUCCAAAUCACACCAUCGAUUACAUAAAAGCUUCAGAGAUUCGUGCUGCUCUUAAACGUGCUUUCUCGGUAUGGUCAUCAGCCAUUAAUGUUAAUUUUACGGAAACUCAAGACUACGAGCACGCCAACAUCACCAUCGGUUUUUACCAUGGUGACCAUGGAGAUGGAGAUCCAUUUGAUAAUACUACGGUGCUUGCACAUGCAACCGGUCCGGGAAGAGGCGCGGAAUUUCAUUUUAACGCGGCAUUUACUUUUGCAGUUGAUUUCAAUUCCGAGAAAUCAGAUACGGCCUAUGAUUUGGAAUCCGUCGCAGUACAUGAAAUAGGUCAUAUUUUAGGGCUGGAUCAUUCAUCAAUUCCUGAAGCUGUCAUGUGGCCUCAUGGAUCCCCAAGAACCAUAAAGGUGAAGUUAUCAUUGGACGAUGUGUAUGGUGCUCAACUUAUAUAUGGCUCAAACCCAGAUUUUAACCUUGAUUCUGUAAUGAACCGUGCAAGUAAGUCAUUUGGUUUAGGAGAAAUCAUGACAAUUUCUGUUUCGUUACUAGUUACAGCAUUGUUUUCUUGUCUCUAA